AUGCAGCUGCUGCGCGGGUGCGAUGAUGACGCCACUGCGCUGUCCAUCGCCAUCACGCGUCAACAGGCCGGCGGCAAGUCCUCCCUUGCUGGACGAAUGGUCCUGUGCUCCGUCGGCAUUGGGCAGCUGGCAAAGGUGGAACGUGUCCGGGCGCCGUUUGCACACCUGCCCCUCGUCCUCGUCAAAGCAUCAGCGGCGCUCGCCCGAACCAUCCUCCACUGGCUCGAGGAGACGUUUGACUGCGCCGUGACGCCGAUGGCACUGACGCCCCAGGACAUGGCGUGGAUUGCAACCGAGUGGGCUGCACCAGCUGCAACAGACAAGGCGCUGGCGCAGCGACCCCUGACUCUGCAGUACGGCGUGCCGGGCGACGGGUCGCUGCAGACGAUAUCAUACAGCGUCGACCCCGCCUCCAUCCGGGCCCUGCAGGAGCGGUUGGCUGGUGGCGAUGAUGACACUGCACUGCUGCGUGCGUUGGAAAAACACUUUGCUGCCGAAUUCAGUGUGGACUUAACAAAGAUGACGCUUGCGCGCGUGGGAACAUACGCCGUGUACAUCGGCGCCGAUGGCCGCGCAAAGUUCCUUCCGCUGCCAGACACGUGCGCCACCGCCACCCUGCACGCUCUCAAGUACUUCACAUACGUCGCAACGCGGCCCCCAACAACAUAAUCGCCUACGUGUUUGUCUGAGUCCAUCUGUGUCUGUUGCAAUUGCUUCACGUUUAGCCGAACUGUGUGUGUGUGUGUGUGUGUGUGUGUGUGUGU